AUACGAAUUAUAUAAGCAGUUAUGCAACUAAAACAACUCAUGUAAAUACCACAUAACCUGAAAAUGUAAUCCAAAUAAAUCGAUAGUUUCAUGUUUGUGCGAUGAUACAACUGCAAAAUUUACAAUUUCGGUAUAUUUGAAUGUGUUUAGAGUGAUGGUAAAAUGAAUUCUCUGGAGAAUUUUCGAGGAACGUUGAAAUCCAAUUUAACCUUUUUGUCACAUGUGAAAUACGAGCAUCUUCUUGCUGGAGUUUCUGGAGGCCUAGCAUCAACAUUAAUCUUGCAUCCACUGGAUGUGGUCAAGAUAAGGUUUGCUGUGAACGAUGGGAAAACUUCUGUACCAAAGUAUACUGGCAUUGCAAAUGCAUUCAGCACAAUUUAUAAAACUGAAGGAAUUCAUGGUCUGUAUAGAGGUGUAACUCCUAACCUUAUAGGAGCUGGAAGUUCCUGGGGCCUCUAUUUCUUAUUUUAUAAUACCAUAAAGACAUAUGUGCAGGGUGGUAAUCUGCAGUUGCCGCUAAGACCUGAACAACAUUUAAUGGCAGCGACCCAAGCAGGUGUUGUAACUCUGCUGAUGACAAAUCCCAUUUGGGUGGUUAAAACUAGACUUUGUUUGCAAUACAGUUCACCUACACAGACCUACAAAGGAACUUUGGACGCGCUAGUGCAAAUUUUCAAAACUGAAGGUAUUGCUGGAUAUUACAGAGGUUUAGUUCCUGGACUGUUUGGAGUUUCUCAUGGAGCCAUUCAGUUUAUGUGUUAUGAAGAGUUAAAGAAUCAAUACAAUGCUUACAACAACACAUCAAUAACAACAAAAUUGUCUUCUGCAGAAUACCUAAUGUUUGCAGCUAUUUCCAAAUUCAUUGCUGCAGCUACUACAUAUCCAUACCAGGUUGUAAGAGCUAGAUUGCAAAGGCAGCAUAGUGCAUAUUCAGGUGUAAUUAAUUGCAUUGUUGAAACCGGUAAACAUGAAGGAUUCAGAGGAUUUUACAAAGGUUUAAGUAUGAACCUUUUGCGAGUAGUACCAGCAACAAUGAUCACCUUCUGGACAUACGAAAAUAUUUCGCACGUCCUAAUGAAACCAAAUAAAUAGUUUUAUUUAUAACUCUUAUGUAGCAAAAUGCCCUUUGUAUACUUGUUUUUAUAAUUUGAUACUUUUAUGCCUGUUAUAAUUUGUUUUUAUCUUAGUUUAAGCCAAUGUAAAACCAACCUUUAUUUAAAUAUUAUAUUAAUAAAACUUGAUUGUUCUGUAAUAAUGUGUAUGUUCUCUUAAAUAAGAAUAGUUUAAAUUAGGGUAAAUUCAUUAUAAUGAAUGUUGAGUUGAGUUGCAGGCAGAUAAGUAAUCAAA